AUUGGAGCACGCAGUAGGCAGAGGAAAACAGGCUGCUCUGUAAUUUUCCCAACAGCCGCCUCAAAUCUGUGGGUGAUGGCUUUCGGACCCCUUGCCUUUAACAGACAAGGAGACAACCUCAGAGCUCAGGAGACUUGCCCCAGGUCUGGAAUUAAGUCAGUGCAGCGGUGGAAGUGAACACAGAGCCCUCAGACUGGAAGCUGUCCAGACAGCUGUGUGGAGCAGGAUCACAGCUCACUGCCUUUCAAAGCCUCAACCGUCACGGUCACACUGCGGACACUUGACAGUUACUUGAAAGUUGUGUUACGUGUUCCUGUCAAUUCUUCAUCCUGUGAAGGAGUAGCACUGUGCAUUUCUUGGCAGGCUUACUCUCAUCCGACUUGGGCCAUCACUGAGCUUCAGAGUGAAGAGGGAAAUCCGCCCAGACUCCACCACCACCAUGUGUUACGGCAAAUGUGCACGAUGCAUCGGACAUUCUCUGGUGUGGCUGGCCAUCCUCUGCAUUGUAGCUAAUAUUUUGCUUUACUUUCCAAAUGGGGAAACAAAAUAUGCCUCUGAAAACCAUCUCAGCCACUUUGUGUGGUUCUUUUCUGGCAUCGUAGGAGGGGGCUUGCUGAUAUUCCUGCCAGCAUUCGUAUUCAUUGGGUUGGAGCAGGACGACUGUUGUGGCUGCUGUGGCCACGAAAACUGUGGCAAGAGAUGCGCGAUGCUUUCUUCUGUCCUGGCGGCUCUCAUCGGGAUUGCAGGAUCUGGCUACUGCAUCAUUGUGGCAGCCCUGGGCUUGGCGCAAGGACCAAUAUGUAGUGAUUCUAGUGGCCAGUGGAACUACACCUUUGCUCACACUGAUGGACAGUACCUUCUGGAUACCUCCACAUGGUCUCUGUGCACUGAACCCAAGCAUAUCGUAGAAUGGAAUGUUUCUCUAUUUUCCAUCCUCUUGGCUUUCGGUGGAAUUGAAUUCAUCUUAUGUCUCAUUCAAGUAAUAAAUGGUGUGAUGGGAGGAAUAUGUGGCUAUUGCUGCUCUCGCCAACAGCGAUACGACUGCUGAAAGAACCACCCCACGACAGAACCAGGAUCUUCCUCUAUUUCAUUGUAAUUUAUAUAUUUUACUUGUAUUAAUUUGUAAAACUUUGUACUAGUGUAUCAUACUCCAUAUAUUCUACUUUUAUAAAUGUGUAUAAAGGCUGGCAUCUUCAUACGAUGUCAGUUUGAGCGUAGCAAACUGUUUUUUUAGGACUGAGAAAACCCAUGAGGUAAUUUAUAGACUGAAUGACGGUCAGUCCUCAGCGUAGCUGAGACAAACUCUGGCCUGAGUGAUGUUUUUAAGAAACACUAUAAGGAUAAAUAUCACAUUCCAAUUAUUGUUAUCUGUGCCUGGGUUUAUUAAAUGAAAGAGUUCUAAUUGCUUUUUUUAAGAUUGUGAAGGAGGAAACCCAACAACUUGAAAAGACGUGUCUUUUUUCUCUGUUUAUACGGUGUUUCCCAUUCAUACACCUGCAAAUCUCUGGCAAGAGGCUUUUUUGAAGCGUUUCAUGUUUUGUGAGAGACAGAUACUUGCCUAGAGCGGGAGUGCCCCGAGCUAAAGGAAGGCAUCAAAACGUGCAAUGCUGCCUUGAGUACUCUAAGGGCAGGGCCCAAGUUACUCUAACAGGUAGAACACCUUUUGUCCUUCAAAGACAAGCACUAAGGAUCAUGUAUUUACAAAGAAAAAGGCCUGGAUAACUGGAAGAGGAAAAGAUGGGAAAUGGAAUAAAGCAGUGUAUUAGCUUUAUUGGACAUUGCGGGAGGAGAAAGAAGGGCAGGAGGACCAUGAGGAAACAACCCCCAAAUUUGAUGGUUUCAAUACAACAAAAUAAAGUAUCCGUUACCAUUU